AUGCGAUCCCGAGCUCUUCAGGCGUGCCGCCCAUUGCAGGCGGCAUCAAAAAGCCUACAAUGCCCUGGUAUUCUUAACCAACGAUCACCUCGCCUCAUACGACAUGUCCGUGCCGCGUCUUCUUCGUCCUAUGUCGCCAAACACAGAACCUCCACGGCAUCCUCCUCACCAGCCCCAGCUGCCGCCCGGCGAGCAGCCCCAGCAGUGCCACAGGGGCCGAAGAACCCAGCCGCACCCAGCAGCGAAGUGAACGGCGUCAUCGACCCGCAAGCCGCCAUCCUCCCCGCCGCGACCGUCGCGGAUGUCGACCCGCUGCUCGCGGCGCAGAUCCCGACCACCGAAAACAGCAGCAGCAGCCCUGUGGGCUCCUCAGCAUUUACCGCGGCGAUAAGCGGAAGCGGCGGGAAUGGCGGCAACGGCAACGGCGCAGCAACCAUCGACUGGUCCUCGUCGUUCCACGGGCUCUCCACAACGCCCUUCAGCCCGGAGACGGCCUCCGUGCUGAUGCAGUCGAUCGAUCCGCUCGACAUUGAGAUCAAGCCGGAUGGGAUCAUCUAUCUGCCUGAAAUCAAGUACCGGCGGAUUCUAAACAAGGCCUUUGGGCCCGGCGGCUGGGGACUGGCGCCGAGGGGGGAGCUGGUGGUCGGGGAGAAGGUGGUGACGCGGGAGUUUGCGCUCGUUGUGCAUGGCCGAUUUAUCGCCCAAGCGCGCGGCGAGUGCCAGUAUUUCUCCGAGGAGACGAUCCCGACGGCGGGCGAAGGGUGCAAAUCGAACGCGCUGCUGCGCUGCUGCAAGGACCUGGGCAUCGCGUCCGAGCUGUGGGAUCCGCGCUUCAUCCGCGAUUUUAAGAAGGCCCAUUGCCAGGAGAUCUGGGUCGAGCAUGUCGCGACCAAGAAGCGCCGCCAGAUCUGGACGCGCAAGGACACCGAGCCGGCGUAUCCUUAUCAAGCGGUGAAGCGGUAA